AUGGCCGACCAAUCCGCCGCAUGGCCCGUCGCCGACCAGGCCCUCACGCAGGAGAUCCUCGACCUCGUCCAGCAGGCCUCGCACUACCGCCAGCUCAAGAAGGGUGCCAACGAAGCCACCAAGACCCUCAACCGCGGCAUCAGCGAGAUCGUCAUUCUGGCCGCCGACACCACCCCGCUUGCGAUUCUGCUGCAUCUGCCACUGUUGUGUGAGGACAAGAACACCCCAUACGUCUACGUCCCAUCCAAGAUGGCCCUCGGCCGUGCUUGCGGUGUGAGCAGGGCAGUCAUUAGCUGCUCCAUCACCACCAACGAGGCCUCCGAUCUCAUGGGCCAGAUCCGCGCGCUGAAGGACAAGGUCGAGCGUCUCAUGAUCUAA